AUAUUAGAUUCUCUCCCUCUCCUUCCUUUUCAAGUCAAAGAAGAAAGCAGCUAGCUAAUAAGCAUAUAUUCCCAUUGCCCCACUCUGUGUUUCCAGAUAUGGAGUGACUACACACCCAACUACACCUCCUUUUAUAAGCACACCCUGCCCUGCCCCCAUAAUCAUCACACAUUCAGCUAACAAAUGGAUUUGCAGGAUGAAAAUAUGAAGUUGGUUUUGUCUACUGAUGCAAAACCUAGGCUUAAAUGGACUCCUGAGCUGCAUCAACGCUUUGUUGAGGCUGUCGAUCAACUUGGAGGCGCGGAUAAGGCAACGCCAAAGAGUGUGAUGAGGAUGAUGGCUAUUUCUGGACUUACUUUGUACCAUUUAAAGAGUCAUUUACAGAAGUACAGGCUGGGUAAGAAUCAGCUUAUGCAAUCAGAAUCGCAGUCUCAAUCGCAAGGCAGCAUUGAGAAUAAGCAUGAAGGUUCUUUUGAUGCAGAUUACAAAGAGAUACAAAGUACUAAUGACGAAUCCGAAGCAGGAAUUUCUGAGAGAAUCCAAACUCCAAUCAACGAGAGCUUUCAGAUUGCUCAAGCUCUCGAAAUGCAAAUGGAAGUGCAGAGGAAACUUCAUGAACAGAUUGAGGUUCAGAGACAUUUGCAGCUGAGAAUAGAAGCACAAGGGAAAUAUUUAAAAUCCGUAUUAAAGAAAGCACAAGAAACACUUUCAGGGUACAAUCCUUGUUCUGCAAUGGGAAUUGAACUUGCAAAAGCUGAACUAUCCAGAUUAGUCUCAAUGGUUAACACGGGAUGUUCGACUUCUUCCAUCUCAGAGUUGACAGAGAUAGAAAAUUCCAUAUUAAAAGACACAACAUCAACCGACAGAAACCAAACUGUGACGAGAAAAGGCGCUGUAUGUUCAGUUGAAAGUUCCCUAACAUCAUCAGAUAGUUCUGGAACAAAGGACGAUAAUAGACAACUCAUGAACCGAGCUAAUGAUUCUAUCAUUCCCACUGUUGAACUUCCUUUGAUGGAUAUUCAUCCGAUCCAUCACCCGAAAAAGAGAUGCCCUGCUGCAACGAUUUGUGAUACUAUCUGUGUAGAGCAGCCUGUUGUGAAAAGAUCAAGAAAUUUGAGAAUAUUUGACCUGAACAGCCAAUAUCAGAUCGAGUUUGAAGCAGGUUCAACAAAAACAUUAGACUUGAAUCACAAGGAAAGUUGAGCAAGUCCAUCUUUUUACAAUUUUAAACUAUACUUAUAAAGGCUAAAGUAGUAUAAAGAUAUGAAGCAGUAGUAAGAUUGAGUGAUCUUUAAGUAAAGAAUUUGUUUAUAAACUAUGUAUAUCGGACCCUCUGUAACUUUUGAAAGUAUAUCCAUAUAAGAACAUACUAUAAAUAUUGUAUUA